AUGGCCCAAAUAACAAGGCAGAUAAUUCACACUGCCAAUGCUCCCGCUGCUGUGGGACCGUACAGCCAAGCCGUCCGAGUCGAUAAUACUAUCUACGUUAGCGGCUCUCUGGGAUUAGACCCUAAGACCGGAGAGUUGAAGCAAGGCAUCAAGGAGCAGGCUCAUCAGUCACUCAAAAAUAUCGGUGAAAUACUAAAAGCGGCUGGAGUUGGGUAUGGAAACGUUGUCAAAACUACGGUUUUAUUGGCCGAUAUCAAGGACUUCACCACCGUAAGGGGAUAUCUACAAAGAAUCAUUUAG